AUGGCGUGCAUGAAGAAAGAUAGCACUCUUCGAACAGCUUUGAUCGCCUACGGCUCAGAGACAGGGAACUCGCAAGAUGUAGCAGAGGAGAUAGGCCGUCUGAUGGAGCGGUUGCGCUUCAACACAAGAGUAGCUGAGCUCGAUGCCCUUCAGUCGAAAGACUUAUAUGACUACCAGUUUACUGUCUUCGUUGUACCAACUACAGGACAGGGCGAUUUCCCCGCCAAUGGGCGCAAGUUCUGGAGGUCACUGCUGCUAAAGAGACUCCCUCCCACAUUCUUACAAGGGAUCAGUUUUGUUCUCUUUGGGCUUGGGGACAGUUCAUAUCCAAAGUUUAACUGGGCAUCACGGAAGCUCUAUAGACGGCUACUGCAACUUGGUGCAGACGAGCUGUACCCACGCGGAGAAGCAGAUGAGCAACAUCCAGAAGGACUUGAGGGAACAUUUCUACCCUGGUCUCUGGACCUGCGCAAACAUCUCCUAGAUAAGUUCCCUCUGGAAGAAGGACAGCACCCAAUCCCAGACGACGUUCGCCUACCACCUAAAUGGAUUCUUGACCGCCAUGAGCGGAGGGAUGAAGAGGAUAUCGUCCAACAGACUAGAGUACCCAACGCAAAACUACUAUCCAGAACUCAUGAGUUCCGCCCUUUAGAUCAUGAUACCCGGCCACUUCCUGGCUCUAUUCCAGCGACUCUUGUAGCGAAUACUCGGAUGACACCGCCAGACCACUGGCAAGACGUUCGACAUUUAGUAUUAACCGCCUCUGAGCCAAUAUCAUAUGCGCCGGGCGACAUACUGCAUAUUACUCCCAGAAACUUCCCCCAGGAUGUAGAUAGGCUUAUAGCACUGAUGGGGUGGGAAGAACAUGCCGACAUACCUCUACAGUUUGUCACCGGGGACGGCUCCCCUCCAUGCACCUCGAUCUCUGCACCAUCCAUUCCAUUCUUACUCUGCUCGCCAGGGUUUACUCUCCGCGCGCUUCUUACAGACUAUCUAGAUAUCAUGGCCAUCCCAAGACGGUCGUUUUUCAGCCAAGUUGCCCAUUUUACAAACGAUGAAAUGCAUAAAGAGCGUCUUUUAGAGUUUACGAACCCAGAGUACAUUGAUGAGUUUUACGAUUAUACCACCCGUCCGAGACGGAGUAUACUGGAGGUCUUGACCGAGUUUGAUACCGUCAAAAUUCCAUGGCAGCUGGCCUGCACCGUCUUUCCGGUCCUUCGGGGGAGACAGUUCAGUCUGGCGAGCGGCGGAAAGCUGAAGACAUUGCCGGACGGUGGUACACGAUUCGAGCUGCUGGUGGCUAUAGUGAAGUAUCAGACGGUGAUAAAAAGAAUACGCCAGGGAGUCUGCACACGGUAUCUGGCAGCCUUGCAGCCCGGCAGCACGCUGAAAGUCCAAGUGCAGAAAGGAGGUCUCCAGUCGUCCACGAAACAGCUCUCCGACCCUUCCGUUCUCAUUGGCCCUGGGACAGGCGUUGCUCCGAUCCGCUCAUUGCUAUGGGAAAAAGCAGCGGUGGCAGAGGAGUUCAGGAAGCUACACGGUCCAGGUGGGCCACUACCUCUGGGGCCGGUGAUACUGCUAUACGGUGGCCGUAACCGGUCAGCAGAUUACUUCUUCGAAGCCGAGUGGGAAGAACUAAAGUCCCAGCUCAGCCUCACCGUCAUCACUGCCUUUUCGCGGGACCAAAAGAAGAAGUUCUAUGUCCAGGACGCGUUGCGGGAGAAGUCUUCGGACUUUUACGAUCUGCUGCACGAGAAGGGGGGGUCCGUGUUCGUGUGCGGCUCGUCUGGCAGGAUGCCCCAGGCCGUCCGCGAAGCCUUGAUAGAGACGUUUCAGGCUCCGCUGGGUGAUUCUGCUGAGAGCAGACAGACGGCAGAGAGGUACCUCAUAGAUAUGGAAAAGACCGGACGGUAUAGACAGGAGACAUGGUAG